GCUGGAGCGUCCAGAAGAUCACCGAGGAGCACAAGCGCCUGUGCGACAAGCAGCUCAAGUUCGAAGAGAAGGCGCAGGGGGCGAAGCCCCUCAGCAAAGAGGAGGAGAGGCUGCUGACUGUUCUGAAGAAGAAGGUCGAGCAGUGGGGCAACGAGUACUAUGAAAAUGUUUGCAAGAAGAUCGAAAGGCAUCAAAAGUUCAUUGAGGAUAUCCACCGGAAAAUCAAGGAGGAGCGCGACAAGUACCCCUACAAGUCCAUCAUCGACCUCGAUAAGUUCCGGGAGCUUUCUCAGCGCAUCGCCGAGAAGGGCUACCACGAGCGCUGUUGCUUCGUGACACGACUUUGCUACAAGGAGGACGUGCUUGGUGUAGGUUUGGAGAUCGUCAACGAGUCAGACACCGGACGCAAGAUCUUCCAGUGCUCCUUCGACCUCCUCUCGAAGGAGGCCUUCAAGGAUUUCGGCAUACGCUCCGGUGUGUGGAAGGAGAAGGUGGAGUUCUGGCUCCCCCUCGCCAUCGAUGCCCGGCACUUCCGACGUGCCCUUCCCUACCUGGCAGAAUGCUUCCGACAGCUCGGAGAUGGAAAGGUGGAGGCCGCGACCCGCAGCUACGGCACGCAGGCGGGCAACGGUGUCAAGAGCCUUCGGGCCAACCUCCGCGAGCUCCAGCGGACGGGGCAGAAGAUGGUCAGCCUGGAGGAGUACAAGAAGCAGAAGGCCCAGCCGGAGAAGGAGAAGGCCAAGCCGGAGGAGGAGAAGCCUCAGCCGGCUUCGCUUCGCCCCGCGGCGAGCCUCACGGAGGCAGACGUGGCCUACGGCCUGGAGGUCUUGCCCAAGUUGAUGAACUUGCAGACCGUGCAGCUCAUGAAAGGCGACCUCCACCUCUCCACGAAAGCCUUGGAGGGCUACAUGGGCUUCCACCACCUCUUGCUCUCCAUCCUUCGUCAGUACCCUUCUCUUCAGGCUCAGGUGGAGUCGAAGAUCGGGACUUUCGUGCGCUCCGAGGCGGGCCGAACGAAGCAAAGCUGCCCGAACCUGGGGGAGUUCCUCUGCCUGCUGGCUGUUUCCAAGAAGUACACCUGGGACGACGUUUCUGCUGCUGUGCUCAAGGAGACGUUGGAUCGGAACGCAAGCUGGGCUUUGGACAAGUACCCGUCUCUGGCUGGCUUUGGUACAAGCGCCGAGAACAGACUGGAGCGUACCUUCAAGGCCAGCAUCGUCUCGAUCCGACUUCUUUGCUUCAACGUCUGGUUCCUGCGCAACGUGGUCUUCAAACGCUACGGGGCGCAGGCGACUUCGGCGGAGAUUCUUGAGGCAGAGCAGCGGGGCGGCCCGGGUGUGAGCUGCACCGACAUGCGCUGGGCGGAGUACGAGGAGCAGAAGGGCAUUCCGCGGCCGGAGGAGAUCAACAUGCUACAGGAGCAGAUGAGGAGGACGCUGCAUGGCAACGGCCUGAACAGCUGGUCCGAAUAUUUCGUGAACCUGAACCUCCAGCCGCUCAAAGCGGAUGAGCUUUCCCAGCUGCUCGUCAUGAGCCUGCACGACUCGGUCCGGAAGGGAUACAUCCCUCUCUGGAAGAUGAGGAUGCUUCAGCAGAAGAAUCAGCAGGACAAGGCCCCCAAGACCAACGAUUACCUCGGCGCUGACAUGGACAAGUACGACAGCAUGCACACCGAGAAAGGAGGCAGCGGCCACAGAUGGUGA